CGCCCAUUUCUUUAUAAAUGCUCGCGGCAAGCUCGCUGUGCUAAAUUAUUAUUACUUUCUCUUGUCAGUAGCUGUUUCUGACUGUUCUCCGUUGGUCUGGUCAAUAGCUCCCUCUUUCUCUAGCUCGUUAUCAUGGCGGCUACAUCAGUAGAGUUUCCAGUUGGUGGCCUCCUAAACGGUGAUUCUUAUAAAACCUCAACCCGCAUGAAGAACAUCAGCUCAGCUAUGACUUGGAUUCAAAAACAACUUAAAUCCAUGAGAGAGUCAGACCAGCAGCUAAUAGAUUUAUUCCAAAGGCUAGAGACAGAUGUGUCUGACCUAAAGUCACUCUAUGUUGAAGGUACUACCAGCAGAGGUAGGAACUCCUCCGUCUCAUCAAUCCGAGACUAUUAUUCAAAAACCAGUCUGACCACAGCAUAUCCAUUAGAAUCCGCUACAUUACCUCCUUCAUCAACCAGCAAGGUAUCUAUUCUCGACUCGGAAGCGGCGGCCAUUUUGGAGCAUUCUGACUCCAAUGACAGUUUGACUAAUUUUGCCGAUGAGCUCGGUUUUGAUGAUGACGAAGAUGCUUUGUCCGAAGACCGUCCAUCCAUUAAAAGCCAGAGUAGCAACGAUCAACCAGCGACCGGCAGUCAUACUAAUAUCGAAGAUGAAUCUUCUCUCGAUUUCUCUCCUCGUGAUUCUGAACGGAUUAGUGUCAAAGAAGAGAAGGUUAUGCUUCGUCGCCUUAGCAACGAUAGCGGGGCCGUUGCCGAUAGCGACAGCACUGGAAGUAAUGUGAUGCCUGAGGGAAAGAAACUGGGCGUGUCUCUGACUGCCGAUGAUGAGAAGAGGCUCUCUGGGUUUGCCGAUGAAAUAUUUAAAAUGUUCCAACUCUCAAACUCAUAAUAAAUUAUCAGAAUCAGUCCAAUCAUCUCAUUAUUAUUAUUAUUAUUAUUAUCAUUAUAUUAUUAUUAUUAUUAUUAUUAUUAUUAUUAUAUUAUUAUUAUUAUUACUACUACUAAUGUUACUGUUCUAUUAUUUAUGAUAAUUAUCAUCAUCAUUGUUAUUAAUUAAUUGUUAGUUAUUAAGUCCGUAUACUUUUAAACUC